UGUUGAUGCACAGACCAGGCAUGACCCCGGUCGAUCUUCACAGCGCAUCCACCACCGCGGGUAAGAAAACGAUAAACAUCCCCAGCCUCACGUAAUCUUUCCCCGAGAAACGAGAGAUACAAUGGCGACCUCUCGUGAUGCUCCGAACCCCCUAAGGCCCUACUAUAUCCCGCCAUCUAUUGGGCCCCCUCCCGAUGUUCCGCAGAACCAGACAAGCUCGUCAUUACCGCCCGCUUUGAAGCCCAGUGCCAGUAGUAAAUCAAGUCUCGGCAGUCAGGCACGCGACAUUCUGUCCGAUCUCGACUAUGACUCGUACUUUCCAGAGACGUCGCCUUCAGUAGCUGGGCAUGCAAAGAAGCUGCUCGACCAUGCCUUGUGGAAUUACACAAGCGUCCUGUUAGCCCAACCAUUCGAGGUUGCGAAGACGAUAUUGCAGAUACACGAGGCAAAGGGACAACUAGCAGGCUUGGAGGGAGAUGUGCUCGGCCACAAGAGCAGGCCUCAGAGCUUCGCGAGCGGAAAGUUUGAGGAUUAUCCGCCCUCAGACGAGGAGUCGGACGAGGACUCGCCGUCAUACUUCACAUCUACUGCACCGCGUAUGAACCCCACCUCACCCUCGCCAUACUCCCCUUCCGUCGAACAAUCGAGGUCCCCACGGAGGCGCCAGAGACGUCUCGAUAGCCGGUCACGGUCACGAACACCCACACGACCCCCACCAUCCGCCAUACGCAAACUAGACCUCAAACGACCAGACUCGCUUCUUGAAGUGAUAGCACAGCUAUGGCAGAAGGAGUCGGCGUGGGGGGUGUGGAAGGCUACAAACUGCACUUUCAUCUACAAUUUCCUGCUUAAGACGACUGAGGGAUGGUUCAGGAGUCUGAUCUCGGCCCUGCUGAACAUACCAGACCCAGGCCUGGUAGGAUCAGCAGGAAGCGGCAUAGGAGGUUUGGAUAUACUGGAUAGCCCAAGCCCACUGACCUCACUCGGUGUUGCUGUCGCAGCUACGGCCAUCGCGGCCACCCUCCUCGCACCCCUCGAUAUGGUGCGCACCCGCCUCAUCAUCACACCCAUCUCCUCUUCCCCACGAUCUAUAUACCCUUGCCUCUCUCUUCUUCCCUCCUUCUCUGUCUCACCCAGCCUCCUUCCGGCUACCAUAAUGCACGCAUGUGUGCCCACACUUAUCUCCUCCUCAACACCUCUCUUCCUCCGCUCGACACUGAGCAUCGACCCGAUCCUCACGCCUACCACCUACUCCUUCAGCACAUUUCUCUCCUCCACAACUGAGCUAUUCGUCCGCCUGCCUCUUGAAACCGUUCUCCGGCGCGGCCAGGUCGCUGCCCUGCAGGACCACGAAACCCAGCGUCUAGCUUCUGAGUACCAGAUACCUCCUAGCCGGGCUAAAAGCCCGGCCUAUGGUCUGGAUAAGCCGAGCUCCGAUCAGAGCUUCAAGACGAUCGUGGACCCAGGUCAAUAUAGGGGUGUUCUGGGUACUAUGUGGUUCAUCGCUCGCGAGGAAGGCAUCUCAGUUCAGACCGCAAAUGCUGCCAAGGCCGCGAGUGCAAAGGCAAUGGGCUUCUCAAGGCCGCCGCGCACAAGGAAGGGUCAGGGCGUGCAUGGUCUAUGGAGAGGAUGGAGAGUGGGUGUUUGGGGUUUGGUGGGCAUCUGGGGCGCUGCCGCCCUUGGAGGUGGCGGCGGUGAAUUCUAGGUCGAGACUAGAAGGAGGCAUAAGGCAUGACAGCGUCGUUGUUGCUCAUUAGAUCAUGUUGUUUUGUCACGAUUUUCAUAUGCGUAUGUUAGGCGAUGCUAUAUACACCACCACUCUUAGCUGUCAUUGAGAAGUAUACGUUUCGUAUUCGUUUGGUUUCUCUAUUCUUCUGGGUUGUCCGAUCUUGACACCUGCUCAAUAAAGUACCUUGUUGUAGCAUGCCUUCGGAUCACACGGCAGUUGAUAUUACUCACACAGCAACACACCCUUCCUAGAGCAUAUUGACGACUCUUAGCAUUUGACAAGUACCCGUCAACAGAUGUGAUGCCUAUGUCCCCAUUUCAACUUGGAUCUGGCUUCACGGGGGGAAGUGUGUAUAAGUUUGUCUUGCCCCCCAAUGCUGUUGGUGUUGUAUAGACUAGCCUGAUACAGCCUAGUGGUAUCCUUACAUAGAAGCCACGAACUACAUGGACC